CUACACAGGUCACUGCUAUAAGAAUAAGUGGAUUAUGGUGAUGUUAAUAGUCAGAAGUUAGCGCAGAGAGCAAAUAGUUCUAUAUUGUUAAAGUUUUGUGAGUUUCGAGAAACGCGCCUGCGCAAGAUGUUUACCAUUCGCGUUUCGUCGCAUCAAAAUGUUUAUAUAGCAACAGCAGUUUUACUACUAGUUUGUUGUCUGAGUUGUUCGGCGGGAACAGUUAGCGUCAAAAGACCUUCACCUUCAUCAACAACAAAUCAAGCAAAAAAGCAAGCAACAGGACCUACAGUAAUGGACCCAGCGUUCGCUAAUGCCGGUCAGACGGCUGGACUUGAAAUUUGGCGAAUCGAGAACUUCAAACCAGUCAAGUUUCCACAGAACGACUAUGGUAAAUUUUACAGCGGCGAUUCCUACAUCAUCUUGAACACGAAAGUCAACAAAAGAGGCGAAAAAACCUGGGAUAUUCACUACUGGCUAGGCAAGGAAACUACUCAAGACGAGUCUGGUUCGGCCGCUAUUUUUGCCGUUCAACUCGAUGACCAUCUUGGUGGAGUCCCAUUACAGUAUCGCGAAACACAAGAACAUGAGUCACAAUUAUUCCUAUCGUAUUUCAAAACCGGCAUCAGGUACCUUCCUGGCGGCAAAUCUUCCGGUUUCACCCACGUCGAUCGUAACGCUUUCGAAAAACGACUCUUCCAAGUUAAGGGAUCAAGGAACAUCCGCGUCAAACAAGUGGAUGCUUCGAUUUCGUCGAUGAACAAAGGUGACUGCUUCAUUCUUGAUGUGGGUAAAGACAUCUACGUGUACGUUGGAACGAAGAGCAAGAGGGUCGAACGUCUUAAGGCCAUCUCCGCUGCGAACCAAAUCCGAGAUCAAGAUCAUGCCGGAAAAUCGAAAGUGCACAUCAUAGAUGAGUAUAGCCCCGACCAUGACUUCGCUGAUUUCUUCAGUGCUCUUGGAAGCGGCAGCGCUUCGGCCGUUCCUGAUGAGUCAGCGGGAGGAGAUGACGCACACUUCGAACAGAGUCAAGAACGCACUGUGGCUUUGUACCGCGUUUCAGACGCCAGCGGCAGCUUAAAGAUCGACAAGGUUGCAGAAAAACCUCUGCAGCAAUCAGUACUAGACGGUAACGACUGCUUCAUCCUCGACACUACCGACUCCAACAUUUUCGUCUGGGUCGGCAAAAAAUGUACCCAGAAAGAGAAACAAGAGGCUAUGGUUAAGGGACAAAACUUCCUCACUAGUCAAAAAUAUCCGGCUUGGACGCAAGUUCAAAGAAUUGUCGAAGGCGCUGAACCGACUGCCUUCACACAGUACUUCCAAUCUUGGAGAAGCAGAAACGAACUCCAUACGCGCCUUAUCAGGUCUCCCAGCACCGAGAAAUACAACUCCUUUGAACCACGUUUGUUCCAUGCCGAAAUCAAGGCGCGAGGUGCCGUAUUCGAUGUUGAAGAAAUCAUCGACUUUGAACAGAAAGACCUUAAUGAAGACGACGUCAUGCUGCUGGAUAUUGGCAAAGAGCUCUUUGUUUGGAUCGGGAAUGGGGCCAGCGUUAAGGAAAAGGCCAAGGCGAACGACCUUGCUAAGAUGCACUUGAAGAAAUACAACCGAGAGGACACACCCAUCACUUCUAUGGCCCAAGGUCAUGAACCGGAAAGUUUUACAUCUUUAUUCUCUGAGUGGAAUCCUGAGUUCUGGGAGACACUCGAGUCCUACGAUGAUAUCAAGGCCAAAAUUGAAGAGGAAAAUAACGCCCUUAACCUUUAAUUACUUAGCACACACUGCCUUUUAAACGGAAGGGUCACAAACGUUGUGUAAACAAGCAGGUCAGCGUAAAAGUUUUUGUGGAAUGGCAGUAGUUGUUUGGCGACCCUUGUGAGCUUUGUAACAAUUCUAUUUGUAUACCAAAAAUUUAUGAAAAUAUAAUUAACUGUUGUUA